UAUUAUGAUAGUCGGUUCUGGGUAUAUAAGGAUAGGGCGCAGUGGUCAAACGGUCUCAUAUCUAUUCUUGUUACUUGCACUCUGAGAAUGAUGAUGACCAACACCGAUAGCAGCGGCAACCAUAGCUGGUUUGGGGACGGGUUAAGGACGUACAUUGAUCUCACGGGCUCCGAACCAAUAACGAGGAUGGUACGUCACGAACAAGGAACGACGUCUGACGAUCCCGACACGACCAUGAUAGCGACGCAAAUGUGUCUACUGGGCCCCAUAAGCACGAGGCUCCAGGUCGAUGUUGUCAAACCACCACCUAGAACCGAACCUCAAACAAGGACCACUACCAGCACCGCUACUAGUACUAAGGAUGGAUCAACACUACCUGCAAUGAUUACGGAGGCGGACCACCGUGUGAGUCUUAGUAUGGAAUCGAUUUGCGAACACAUGUUUACCUGUGGCGUGUGCACCUGCGUUUCAAGAACGGUGACCACUACGGUGUGUUGCACAUUUAUCAUGUGUGUUACAUGUUGCAGUAAACUACCGAGUGACGCGUGUCCCAACUGUCGUCAGCCCGGUGUGGUGCUUGCUCGGAACCCUAUAUCCAAGCAUUUACUGCAGGCGUUUGAGUUUUCGUGCACCAAAUGCAGCGAACGUUUGAAUCCUAUUACCAGUGAAGGGCACGCGUGUUUUACCCCCGAGGUCACAUCGACAACCACGGUACCAGGGCGAUUAGGCGUUAAGGGGAUGCGAGAUUUCAAGACUGUGAGUAUCUCGGCACUACCCGACAAGUAUAAGACGCUACUGGACAAGUAUCUGCAACCCACAUCAACCCAGUACCCCUUGCAUGUGAGACUUGGUAAAUACUACGCCUUGUACGUUCAUGAGUUUCGUAGGUUGCGAGGUGAACCCGAGUCACCGCUAAUAGCGUUUGUACGUCAGAAGCAUAGGGCAACAGGAGUUGCAAAAGGUCGUGUUGUGCAAUGGAUUAGAGCUGAUAGGUUGCAUGCAAUGCGGAAUAAACUACUCUAUACGGAUUGACCCCGAAAAUCAUGAGAUUAGCGAUUAAAGGUUAUACCCUUUUUAAUUCAGAAAGUGCCGUUUCAAUAAAGAACCCCAACC